AUGAAGAAGGUUCACGUGGCAAAAGGAUACAGACAUGCAACAGAAUUUCCAGCAAGUGAGAUCUUAGAGUCUGUUGAUAGAAGGAGAUAUUCCAUUAUAAAAAAGAUUGGUUUCGGCGGUUUUGGUUUAAUUUACACAGCUAGACAAGUUGCUUCUUCACAGGCCAAAGAAUGUGUUGCUAAAGUCGAACCCAUUGGUAACGGCCCACUCUUUAAUGAAUUCCAUGCUUUACAGACGAUUGCCAGACCAAAUAUUAUACAAGAUUAUCUAAAAGGUAAACGUUUGGCUCAUCUUGCCAUACCGGAAUUCAUAGCAAACGGCAUACAUGAAUAUAAAGACAAGGACUAUCGAUUCAUAAUUAUACCUAAAUACGGUAAAAAUCUCCAGACAUUUUUGGAAGAAAAUGGAUCUAAUCUCGACGAAUCUACAGUUUAUUGUGUUGCCAAACAAAUGAUAGAUGCUUUAGAGUGUAUCCACCACCAUGGCUACGUCCACGCCGACCUGAAAGCCGGUAAUAUAUUAUUUGCUGCAGAUAGUAAUAAAAUAGAUAAGGUAUAUCUGAUAGACUAUGGUCUGGCUGCGAAGAUAUUUCUAAAUGGCAAACACAAGGUGUAUAAACCAGAGAAGAAGAAAGCUCAUAAUGGAACGUUGUUAUAUACGAGUCUGGAUGCUCAUGAAGGUGCUGAUCCAUCUCGAAGAGGAGAUUUCCAAAUUUUGGGAUUCUGUAUGUAUGAAUGGCUUACAGGGAGUUUACCUUGGGAGAAAUACUUGGAAAAUAAAGAACAAGUGAAACAUGAGAAGGAAGUGCUAUUAAAGAAUCUUUCAAAAAUUCCAUUUGAAACUUUAAAAACUUACUUCAAAACUAUUGAAAAACUAAAAUACGACGAAGAACCAGACUAUGAAAAGUUACGACGAAUAUUCCAGGAUGCAAAAUAUGACAAAAGGCCCAAACCGGUCGUUAAAGGGACCGGGAAAUUGUCUGCAAGAAAGAGAAAACUUAGAAGUUCGGUUCAGGAAUCACGACACAGAAGAGGGUCCACCACAGAAGAAAAAACGAACUUGUAA